CGGAGCGGGCGGCCGCGGGCGCCGCCGCCUCCUCCUCCAUGGCUGUUUACCCGGCUGCAUUGUGGGAGUUUGACCUCCGCCGCCGCCAACCGCCGCUCCAGCCUGCGCCGCCGCCGCCGCCGCGCACGCCAUGGGAGCCGUGACUGACGACGAAGUGAUACGGAAGCGUCUCCUCAUUGAUGGAGAUGGUGCUGGAGAUGAUCGAAGAAUUAAUUUGCUAGUGAAAAGUUUCAUAAAGUGGUGCAACUCUGGAUCCCAGGAGGAAGGAUAUAGCCAGUACCAACGUAUGCUGAGUACACUAUCUCAAUGUGAAUUUUCAAUGGGCAAAACUUUGCUGGUGUAUGACAUGAAUCUCAGAGAAAUGGAAAAUUAUGAAAAAAUUUACAAAGAAAUAGAAUGUAGUAUUGCUGGAGCUCAUGAAAAAAUUGCUGAGUGCAAAAAGCAGAUUCUUCAAGCAAAACAAAUACAAAAAAAUCGCCAAGAAUAUGAUGCUUUGGCAAAAGUGAUCCAGCAUCAUCCAGAUAGGCAUGAGACAUUAAAAGAAUUAGAGGCUCUGGGCAAAGAGUUAGAGCAUCUUUCACAUAUUAAAGAAAGCAUUGAAGAUAAGCUAGAAUGGAGCCAGAAACAGUUUCAUGUUCUUCUUAGUACUAUCCAUGAACUUCAGCAAACAUUGGAAAAUGAUGAAAAGCUCUCAGAGGUAGAAGAAGCUCAAGAAACAAGCAUGGAAGCAGAUCCUAAGCCAUAGGCAGGCGAAUCACUGUUGCCUCAAAAUAUUGAAAGAGCUACAUAAUCUUAGUAUGUUUAGAAUUUGUUGUGCUCUUGACAUAUUUGAAGUUUAGCCAGUGAAGUACUUUGCUAUUAAAUAUUAAUGCACAUCUCAUUUAUAUUUCUUCCUACAAAGGAAAAUGGCUUCAGUAUAUAUGAUUUUAUUGAAAUGCAUUUUUCAUUCUUAAAAAGUAGGAAACAUCAUCCAAAAAUGUUUAAUAAAAUAUCUUUAAGUUACAUGUUUGUGCCCAUUAGUAACUGGUGACAUUGACUGCCUUAUAAAAUAAGUGAAGACUGAGAAGGUGGCAUUUAUAGGGUGUAUAUAUGGGAUGAUGAGUCAAUUUCUGGAAAUUAUUACCACUUUAGAAAAUGAAAAUGAAGUCCAUGAAUAGGCCUCAGAAGGACCAUGAACCUGUGAAAUUACAUGCACAGUGUUUAUGGUGUAUGUUUACUGUGGGAAGAGGUACUGUGAUGUUAAGAAUCACUGGUGUCAGAGGUAAUUACAAGAUCCAAAAGUAAAUCCAUAGGCAUUGCUUUCUCUUUCACUCUCCCUCUCUCUAGUACUUAAAGAAUGUAGUUGUUAAAUGUUUUAAGUUUUUUCUCUACUGUUUUGACCUUUAGAAGUCAUUUUCAAUCAAAAAAUAUAUUUAUAAAAUGAWAAGUUAUUUGAAGUAAAUAGUUUAAGAUGAUCUUGCAUAAAGGAAUUUUUAAUCGUAAAAAUUGAACUAAGUCUGGAUCGUUUGUAAUUUUCUUAAGUAUUACACAUGCAGUUCUUGUUAGGUUCCAUUCUCAUCCAUUUAUUUUAGUUCAAAGACAUGACAUUUUCCAUGAAUCAUACCUUCAUUAUGUUACGUUUUUAUAAUUUUAAUAAGACUUUUUAUAUUUAAAAAUGAAAAGUUUAAAAUUAGCUCAGUAGUAGUCAUAUUAAGAGUGUCAUAAUACCUUUAAAUGCUUCCUCUGAUUUCAUCUGGCAUGUUUCAGGAGAAAUUUCUUUGCAGAGUUGCUGUACCCUGACAAAAGUUUAUUUUUCUCAUUAUUAGUGAGAAUCAUUAAGCAAAAGUUUGUGCCUAUGGACUCAGACAUAAAUAUCAAUUUUUCAAAAG